CGCAUCGCCGUGGGGAGGCGUAAAGCGAAUGAGUAGCUAAAAUACGUUUUCCCGAAAGAGGCUGCUGAGUGUGUAGAGGAGGACGAAGACGAUUCACUAUUUCCCGCCACUUCCAUUUGCCUUCACCAAACCUCUUCGGUGGUGAGCAAAAUGUUGUGGGUAGACAAGUACAGACCUAAAUCGCUAGACAAGGUCAUCGUUCAUGAGGACAUCGCUCAAAAUCUCAAGAAAUUGGUAACGGAGCAAGAUUGUCCGCAUUUGCUGUUCUAUGGGCCGUCAGGUUCGGGAAAGAAAACCCUAAUCAUGGCGCUUCUCAAGCAGAUUUAUGGUGCCAGUGCUGAGAAGGUGAAAGUGGAGAACAGGGCAUGGAAAGUUGAUGCUGGGAGUAGAACUAUUGAUCUGGAGCUCACUACAUUAUCAAGCACCAAUCAUGUGGAGCUUACUCCAAGUGAUGCAGGCUUUCAGGACAGAUACAUCGUUCAAGAGAUCAUUAAAGAAAUGGCCAAGAACAGACCAAUUGACACCAAAGGAAAGAAGGGAUACAAGGUGUUGGUACUAAAUGAAGUUGACAAGCUCUCACGAGAAGCACAACAUUCUCUGCGGAGAACCAUGGAGAAGUAUAGCUCAUCUUGCCGUCUCAUCUUAUGCUGUAACAGUUCUUCAAAGGUCACAGAAGCCAUUAAGUCUCGUUGUCUCAAUGUGCGGAUAAAUGCACCUUCGCAGGAAGAGAUAGUGAAAGUGUUGGAGUUCGUUGCAAAGAAAGAAAGCCUGCAACUACCCCACGGUUUUGCUGCUCGUAUUGCUGAAAAAUCAAAUCGCAGUCUUAGAAGAGCUAUUCUGUCACUUGAGACUUGUCGUGUCCAAAAUUACCCGUUCACAGAUAAACAAGUGAUAUCUCCCAUGGAUUGGGAAGAGUAUGUUUCUGAAAUAGCAACUGACAUGCUGAGGGAACAGAGCCCUAAAAGUUUGUUUCAGGUGCGCGGGAAGGUAUACGAGCUGCUAGUUAAUUGCAUUCCACCAGAAGUCAUACUGAAGAGACUUCUUCAUGAAUUGCUGAGGAAACUGGACUCAGAGCUAAAGCUUGAAGUCUCCCACUGGGCCGCAUAUUAUGAACAUCGGAUGAGAUUAGGACAGAAAGCCAUUUUUCACAUAGAAGAGAAGAAAGGAAAGCGCCAAAUCCAGGAAAAAGAGGAGAGACUUGUUGUGCUCGAUGAUCAUAUGCUCUUGGAACUAAGUCGCAACAUGAGACUAGCUAACUAUAGGAACAAGGCAACUCUAUUAUGUAUAUUGGCUUGGAACCGUGCGUAAAUCUCGCAAUGGGACAAGUCUUAUAUUCAAGCUUUGAUAACGUCUACGGAGGUUCAUGCAAUGCAAGCUUUGCAAACGAGCAAAAUAAGAGAUCAGGCGGUACGAAAAUGAAAAAAACUAUUACAAGUAAUUAAUAAAAAAGAAAAAAAAUACACGUAUCAGAAGACAGCGAGGUGAAGCGCAAGUUAGCAAAUUGGGUUUCUCUUGCUCAGGUUUUUCCGCCUUUGGUCGCUUUAAAACCACGGCCAAACG